UACUCUCCAUUAAAGAAUUGAGCAAACACUUGUUGAGAGAGAGAGAGAGAGAGAGAGAGAUGGAGAACUUCCCAGUCAUCAACUUGGAGAAACUCAACGGUGAGGAGAGAAAAGCUACAAUGGAAACCAUCAAAGAUGCCUGUGAGAACUGGGGUUUCUUUGAGCUGGUGAAUCAUGGGCUACCCAUUGAGCUUCUGGACACAGUGGAGAAGAUGACGAAAGGCCACUACAAGAAUUGUUUGGAGCAAAGAUUUAAGGACCUGGUGGCCAGCAAAGGCCUUGAGGCAGUUAACUCUGAGGUCAAAGACAUGGACUGGGAGAGCACCUUCUACCUGAAGCACCUUCCCCACUCAAACAUCUCAGAAGUCCCAGAUCUCGAGGACUUGUACAGGAAGGUCAUGAAGGAGUUUGCUCUGAAACUGGAGAAGCUAGCGGAGGAGCUCUUGGACUUGUUCUGUGAGAAUCUUGGACUGGAAAAAGGUUACCUCAAGAAGGUCUUCUAUGGUUCACAGGGUAGUCCUACCUUUGGCACCAAGGUCAGCAACUACCCUCCGUGCCCCACCCCGGACCUCAUCAAGGGUCUCCGGUCCCACACCGACGCCGGCGGCAUCAUCCUUCUCUUCCAGGAUGACAAGGUCAGUGGCCUUCAGCUCCUCAAGGACGGUAAAUGGGUUGAUGUGCCCCCAAUGCGCCACUCCAUUGUCAUCAACCUUGGUGACCAACUUGAGGUGAUUACUAAUGGGAAGUACAAGAGUGUGGAGCACAGAGUGAUUGCCCAGACAGAUGGCACCAGAAUGUCAAUAGCUUCAUUCUACAACCCUGGAAGUGAUGCAGUUAUCUACCCAGCACCAUCUCUGGUGGAGAAAGAAGCAGAGGAGAAGAAUCAAGUGUACCCGAAAUUCGUUUUCGAUGACUACAUGAAGCUCUAUGCAGCCCUCAAGUUCGAGGCCAAGGAACCCAGAUUUGAAGCCAUGAAAACAGUUGAAGCCAAUCCCAGUUUGGCUGCAAUUGCCACAGCUUAAGAGCAAAUUUAAUCUACUCAAGUUAAUGGGUGUGAAAGUAUCGAGCAAAGCUUUUACUUGAACUAGAUUAAUUUCAAGGUUUACUGUUUCUGUGGUUGUCGUCAGUGUGUGGUUUGUAGCUAGAGAUUGAUUGAUUUACCAAGGUUACUAUUCUAUAGUAAUAUAUAUUUUGACAUGGGAAUUUGCUAUAUAAAUAAUCUGUUGCAAAUCCCUAAGCAAUAAUUAAAACCCGAUUGUGCUUAA